AAGAAAAAAAUCUCUUGCCACGAUCACGAUCUUCUUGCCCCAUGUUUUAGUUUCUCCUUUGCAGUUCCAGUUGUCACCCUUAACAUAUUGUUUAAUUUGGAUGUGUGGAUAAUGAUUACUUGUCCUUUUAAAUAUUUUUUCUGGUUUUCCAUCUUGUUACACGUCUAAUAUGCUAUAUAACAAUGAACCUAAACGGCGAAACUUCAACAUCUUCGCGAAGGAAAUUGGUGUUGAAAACUAACACCCCUUCAGAUCUUUCCAAGGCAUUGGUUCUGUAUCAGCCUUUCCCAGGAGGUCAAUGUGUAGGAAGAAAUCUAGUGUUAAAUGCUAAUACAGAGCGCAAACCAGCUAGACACCUUCUGAAACCCAAAAUUAAAACUGAAUCUAAAGAAAAAAUUAAGAAGACACAUGAAAAAUCUGAUCCAAAAAAAUCAAGUUACAGUAACAUGUUCUUGUUGGGUAUGGUAUUGGCUGUAACUGUUAUAUUGUCACUAACCAGGUCAAACAGAGACUGGGAUCUGUGUGACACAAAAUCAAUGGUGGUUGAUCUCAAGCUACUGAAACAAGAAUUAACCACUAAUCUUUAUGGACAGUUUUUAGCAGAUACAUCAAUUAUUAAUGCACUGGAAGAAUUCCAAGUGACAGAUGAACAAAUGAAAGUGCUUAUCCUCCUUGGAGGACCUGGAACAGGAAAAACAUGGACAACCCACUUGAUUGCUAACUCAACGUCAGAAAAAACUAAUCAAGUGUCUUUACAUCUUGGACCCUGGUCAAGUUUGCAAGAGAUUCAAGCGGCCUUCAACGAAUUGAAAUGCUGUCGCUGGAACUUCAUUUUUAUUGAAGAUUCAGACUACGCGGAUAGUCAACAGAUCGGAACUCUAGUUGAUAUGGUGUCCAGUGUCAGCCAAAAUAUUUCUUGCGCUCGCCGAAAAAUUGUUAUGAUAUUGACAAGUAAUUAUGGCCAAAAGGAAUUUGCCAAAUUGCUUUUUCGGGAGCUCGAGAGACUUGGUACUAGAUACACUGUAAGUCAUGAAGAUAUUCGCGAGACCGUCAAGAAACUGACUUCUCCUCUCAUCAAUGGUUUCGCCCAGCGAAAGGUACCUUUCAUUCCGAUUCCUUAUCUGCCUCUUGAAAAAAUGCAGUUAGAGCAGUGCAUUCAUAACGAUUUGGUGUUAAAGAAGAAAGUAGCACCACCUGAUGUUAUAAAUAAAAUCAUCCAACAUUUUCGAUUCUUUCCUGCCCCAAAAGACUAUUUUGUCGUUGCGGGGUGCAAAACUGUACCUACUUUUGUCAACUUAUACACUUGAAACUGCUUGAUGAAAAAGGAUGGCGGGUUUUAUUGUGUUCACAGGUAAAUUCAGAAUACAACAUUUGAAACAUAAUAAAAUGCUUCAUUAUCUCCUCCGCAUAUCAGAGAUUCUCCGCAUACGUCCACACUGUUUACUGCUAGCGGUAGAGUGGGAAGAAUUUCUUUUAUGUUGAGCUGUUGGGUAGCCAAGUCUCCGCUCAGCCAAAGAUUACCAGAUGAGCCACCUAGAGCUAAUGUAUGUUAAGAAAUUAUUGUUUUCUUUUUCCUUUUGAUUUUUUUUAAUACUCGAAGCGGGACUCUUCGCACAUAAUGGAACCCAAUGCCACACGGCUCCUGAUUCACUAGCGGUAAAAAGAUGAUCUGCUCGUUCUGGGUGAAAGCGCAAAUCGUUCAGGCAAUUGUCCGAAGCUUCCAUAACGGUUACUGGUGUCUGAGCUUUGCGCAUAUCAUAUACAGUGAGCAUUCCAUCAUAGCCACCUACAGCAACUAUGUGUCCUUGAAACGGAUGUCUGUCCAUACUUGUUACACCGACCUAGGUAAAGAAUAAACCGGUUUUAACUUAAAAAAAAGUUACAGAGACUGCCUUGUUACCUCGGAAUCUUCGGAAAGUGAGGUUGACAGUAUUGGCUUCUCCGAUAUUGAUCGCAAAUCCCACAGUUUGAUCAUACCCCUCGAGUUACCGGUGAAAAUCUCGUUUUGAGAAGU